UGUGUGGCUUCAUCCCUGUCGUGUGCACGCGGCGGAAUAAUGUGUCGUGCGAGCGUGAGUGCUCAGCAAUCAUAAUUGACGAUCAUCCGCCAGCCAAGGCGCCAAAUCACAUCUACUUGCUCAAUACGACGGAGGGCAGUGAGAAAGCGCUGCCGCAGCGUGAGAAUCGCAGCAUGGACAGGAGUGUGGAUUCCAUCGGGAGCUGCUCCCUCGAUGUUGAUGCUGAGUCCACUGAUUUCUCAGAUACAUCAGGCAGUUUUAAUUUGCUAACACCGUCGAGUGCCAAGGAUUUCCCGAGGGAGUUUAUCACGCGGAUUCACGAGAGGAGUCAGUGUCCACCGCCUCAGUCCGUGUUCCGACAGCAGACGUCAAUAGUGCUGGAUCCGCAAUCGGGACGCGUGAAUACGAUCAUAUCGGGACAACAACCGCCGACGAUUGUCGAGAGUCCGCCGCCGGGUGAGGAAGAGCCAAAGAAGCCGAGCUAUCUGAAUUUGGCGUGCUGCGUGAAUGGCUAUUCGCAUUUGACGACGUAUGACUCGAAGUUGAGGCAGAAUAUCAAUAAAUCCAGGGAAGUGUCACCCAUUCGGCCCAUCACUUACGCCUCUCUGCAGUCCUACACGAAGGCGGAUUCGAGUGGUGUCAAGCAUCUGAUUGUGCCACCUCAGGUUGCCACGAUAAGACUGUCAGGGGAUUUGAUGGAGGGUCACAGGUCACUAAUGUCGCCGGAGAAGCGACUCUUCACACAGCAAAUGAUGGUGACGGAGACGAAUGGUGGCGGAGAUGAUACGACAGACAAUGUCAAGCACUUCCGGACGACAAAAUACAUCCACACAGUGUCCACGACGACGACGAAGAAGAUAGUGGACGACGGAGUGCCGCAGCAGCAGCAGUACAAGACGGGCAGUAUAGCGCAGCAUGUGGAGAGACUGUUUGGCCCCGGUGCUCUAGCGCAGGGCUUUCACACCAAUCGACGCUCCAUGGAGAAUGGCCAGGCCACGUGUGUGCUGACGGAGAAGUCCAUGAACUCACGCAACUACUUUUCGCCAGUGGUGAAGAUGACGCGCAAGGAGGCCGUGGCGAAUGGGAGCGCGAAUGGCAGUGUUAAUGGGAAUGGAUUGGAGAAUCUCAAUGAUCUGGAGGUCGCACUGCCAGUUCUCAGGCACCUGAGGCCGGAAUUUAGGGAGCAACUUCCAAUUUGUACAUCACCACGUCGCUAUGUUCCGCCAACGAAGGAGACUCACAGUAGUGUGUUGACAAAUGGGGCGCGACAGCCCAGUGAGACGAUCCACAUGGUGAGCAUCGAGACGGUGAGCUCUCCGGAGAAGAGGAUUGUCAGUGAAGAGAUUGAGGAGAAACCCGGUGAAAUUGUGGAGAAUGUUGCCGCGAGUCAGUCGGUGAGGACGAAGGAUGGCAACUACUUCUUGGACAUUUUGACGAAGGAAAGACAGAGAAUUCUUUCUCUGGCUGACAAGGUGGAUGGAUAUAUGGAGGAGGUGAAGGACAAGGACAUUUCGGAUGAGACUAUUGGCUACUUGAGAGCUGCUACGGGCAAAGCGAGACUCUUGGCGGCGCAGAAGAUGAAGCAAUUUGAGGGAUUGUGUCACACGAAUCUGACCCAAACGCCGGGUGAGAAGUUCCAGACAACGGAUGAAGAUUUGCAAGGAUUCUGGGACAUGGUGAUGCUUCAGGUUAACCACGUGGAUUCGCUGUUUGAUGAGAUUGAAGCGCUGAAGGUGAACAACUGGAAGAAGAAAUCCGUGGAGGCUCCGGCGCCGCCUCAGGGCGCUAAGCUGACGAAGAGGCCGCUGGGCAGCGCCAAGGGGAGUUCAUCAUCAGCUGCUGCUGCGUCCAAGAAGUCCGAAGCGGCCACGCUGGCGGCCCAGAAGAGGGAGGCUCAGCGGAAGCAGCUGAUGGAGUUGAAGAGGAAGAAUCGGAUGGCCAUGAAUCAGGCCCAGAAUGGCGACUCCAAUGGUGUUAAUUAGGGCGGUUUUUUUUCUAAUUGAGGCGGACGGCGACACAUCCUUCUCCACUCGAAUAUCACGCGCGCGCGCUUUUGCUGAUGCAGAUGACAAAAUUCCCCACUGCUGACGCCCAAUUUGCUGUCCACGACGGAUCCUCUCUCUCGGUGAGUCUGCAGACUUUGAUCACGAUGUGGAUUCUCCCAUUUUUAUGCCCACUUUGAAGGUGGGAAGGAAUUUAGUUUGGUUGUUUAUUUCGGGAAAAGAGAGAAAAAUUGUAAAUGAGAUAAAUUGACUAUACUUUGAAAGCACAAAAUCACAAAAAACAUCAGAGAAUUGUAAAAUCUUUGUCGUGGAAUAUAAAUAUUAUUAUUAUUGAUAUUUUUGAGAGGAAAAGUACAAUUCUCGUGUUAAUUCGUUUGAAUAUAAAAAAAAAUACAGCGUCGUUCAUGUGUAGUAAUUUAACGUUUUUAGGCAGAAAAAUUGUAGACAAAAAGAAAAAGAAAACAUUGCGAAUCACGCAAAGUAACUCCAUGAAAGAGAAUAAUUAAUAUAAAUUUGAUGCGCGAAUUAAUAUUAAUAAAAAAAAGAAGAAGAAAUAUGUGAGAGAAAAGAAUAUUCCCUGAGCAAAAAAAAAGUAGGAUUGGAAAAGAAGUGAAGUUGUAACAUGGGAAAAAACACACACUAAUUAUUCUUUAUGACCUUAUUAAAAGCAUUUUUCUUGUCGGAGAGAAUGUACAUAAAUCGAUUAGUUGACUUAAUAAAAUAUAACAUCUAUGAUUUCUAUUUAUGAUAUUAUUAAUUUUAAUCGAAUUCAUGACAGCGGAAUUACUUUCUAAUCAUUUUCAAUUUUGCAUCUGAUUUGUAGCUCGUUUUCCAAUUUAUUGUAUAAUGUUUUGUUUGAGACAAUUUUUCCUCCCCUUUUUGCUGGAAAUUUAGAUAAAUUUUACGUUUUUCUUUUUUGCAAUGAAGAACAAAUUGUAAAUUGUGCUGAAAUGUUGUAAAGAUUGUGAAGAGCAGAAGAAGAAAUUGAUGGAAUAUUUUGAGGUGCCUUUUUAACCAUCCCCAGAUUUGCUGAAGAAUGAAAGAAGAAAAUUUACAUUUUUUGAUUUUUAUAGCGUUUAGCGAUACAUAAAAAUUCACCUUUACUUUCUCCGUUGUAUUUCUCUUUUUUAUAAUACAUUUUGUAUGCAUUAUCAGACAACUGCAGAAGUCAAUAUUUUAUAUAAGCGUUUUAAUUAUACAAUAUUUUAGAUGAGUAAAA